CGGGGUCCCCGGGGUCCCCGGCCCGCCGCUCGCGGAGAACGCGCGUCCGCGGCCUGGCCCGCGCCGCCGCAGGCUGACGUUGGGCCAAGCCUGGACACCCCUUUAGACAGCUGUUCUUGAGCACCACCAACAGGACAGUUCUUCGGCGUUUCAUGACCAUGGACGGCGACAGUUCCACCACAGACGCGUCGCAGCUAGGGAUUUCUGCAGACUACAUCGGAGGGAGUCACUACGUGAUCCAGCCCCACGACGAUACGGAAGACAGCAUGAAUGAUCAUGAAGACACAAAUGGUUCAAAAGAAAGCUUCAGAGAACAAGACAUUUAUCUUCCCAUUGCGAAUGUGGCCAGGAUAAUGAAAAACGCCAUACCUCAGACUGGGAAGAUUGCAAAGGAUGCCAAAGAGUGUGUUCAGGAAUGUGUGAGCGAGUUCAUCAGCUUCAUAACAUCGGAGGCCAGCGAGCGGUGCCACCAGGAGAAGCGGAAGACCAUCAAUGGGGAGGAUAUCCUGUUCGCCAUGUCCACCCUGGGCUUCGACAGCUACGUGGAGCCCCUGAAGCUGUACCUUCAGAAGUUUCGGGAGGCCAUGAAGGGAGAGAAAGGCAUCGGCGGUGCCGUGACGGCGGCAGACGGGCUCAGUGAGGAGCUCACGGAGGAGGCCUUCACUAACCAGUUACCGGCUGGCUUAAUAACCGCAGACGGUCAACAACAAAAUGUUAUGGUUUACACAACGUCCUAUCAACAGAUUUCUGGUGUUCAGCAGAUCCAGUUCUCAUGAUCGGAAGGCAGUGGAAGACGUGGCCUGCGGCUCCGGCAGCAGCGUCGGGACUGGGGACG